AUUAUUAUUGUUUCAGCACAGAAAGAGGACGAGCCAGACAAAGAUAUCAAAGAUAUCAGUGACAGAUCUACAACAAUGGCAACGAUGAUAGGAUGAUGAGCAACUCACGCUAGUAGUACAGUCGUAGAAUGAGCGACACUAGUAAUACUGAAGCCCUGGGCUGGAUGGCCGCGUUUGCCUCCAUGUUGGCAUUUGGUUCGUUUGGAGUGCCGAUCAAGAGCGACGCUGCCAAUUCCGUUGACAUUGAUCCCUUGGUCUUUCAAUCCUACAAGUCGCUCGUCUGCUUUGCCACCUCCUGGCUCGUCUUGUUGGCCGGAGUGCCAUUUUCCUUUACGCCGUGGGGAAUUGUCAGUUGUAUUUUCUGGGUGCCAGGAGGCGUCGCCACGGUGUUUGCCAUUCGCAACGCUGGCUUGGCGAUUGCCAUUGGAAUUGGAUCUUCGUCCAUUGUCUUGGUCAGUUUUGUUUGGGGGAUUUUCAUUUUUGACGAAGACAUUCAUUCCAGAGUCGGCGCUUCCAUGGCCAUUGUCAUGAUGAUGGCCGGCAUUUUGGGAAUGAGCUAUUUCUCGGCGCCACCGCCGCCAUCCGUCUAUUCUAUUCCCGAACAACAAUUGGUCCAUGUGUCUACCAACAAUACUAGUAGUCAUAGCACUAAUGACUUUGUCACCAUGGUGUCACAAGAUGAACAGGAUCGGUCAGAACAACCACAAGAAGAAUCUAACCAUGACGCCACCGAUACAGCCAUGGCUCCGUAUUCCGAUGAUCCACAGAGUGAAACAACAACAAAUACGGAAUCCACCAAUCCACACACACAAGGAGACGACGAAGAAUUCGAGCAAGAAUACAACGAUUCUACUAUUACUACUAUCGCUCGUCAUGGGGCACACGAUCCACUGGAACGACUUCACAUUUACGGAACCAUUUCCAUGACACGACGACAAUUGGGAAUCAUGGGAGCCGUCUUUAAUGGCGUAUGGGGAGGAUCCAUUAUGGCACCCAUGAAAUGGUGUCACGACGACAAGACCAGUGGAGCGGGCUAUUUAAUAUCGUUUGGGAUUGGGGCCGCAGUGGUCACUACGUUUCUGUGGAUCCUCCGAUUGGUUGCCACUUAUCAUCGUCACGCGUCGAUAACAGAAGCGUAUCGUGCGUUGCCAUCGUUCCACUGGAAAAUCAUGUGGUGUGCCGGAGGAACAUCGGGAUUGUUGUGGUCCACGGGAAAUUUCUUUUCCAUUUUAUCCGUCUAUUAUUUGGGAGAAGGGGUGGGAUACAGUGUCGUACAAGCGGGAAUGUUGGUAUCGGGAUUGUGGGGCAUUCUAUACUUUCACGAGAUUAAGGGCGCGGCCACCAUUGCCAAGUGGUUGGCAUCUGCCAGUAUCACCAUUUGUGGGAUCAUUCUCCUCAGCUAUGAGCACCACAAGACGUGAACGAACGAACGAACCAACACAACGACGACAAUUGGAAACAAAAUGGUGAGUUUCGGUUUGUCUCGUCUCGUCUGCCGUUUUCUGUUGAAAGAUUUGCAAUAAAGCAACAACCACCACCGAAGUUCAUAGGCGUUGCCCUGCACAUUCAACGAAAUCGAAAAGUGGGUGUGGCGUGACUGCAAAACGUAGUCCGACAUGCAAAAAUACCGCUGGUCGUUUUCAAACCAUGAGUGCUAUGGGUGUCAAGGUCUUCGAAGAUUUGAUUGAUUCGAUGUUUUAACCCAGGGUGCUUUUUUCUUAUCCCAUGAACUCACACUGGACCUGUCUGUCGGCACAUUUUAUUCUUCUAUCCAGGCGGUGUAGGUCGACCGAACGAAACAGUCGUCUUUCUAAUAUAAGUUCCGAUCGCGUGCUCUGGUUAUGUCCCAAUGCACCCUUGCACGACCUUGGCGUAGCCGCGACUAAUGUACCGUGGCUUCAUCCAAGCUGCGGUUCCUUGCAUGCAUGGAGCAGCCUGUGCAACAUCCCUUGAAGGAAGGUUCGCCAUGAGCAAUUGAUGAAGCAAUCGUAUCGGUUAUGAGUUCGUCACCCCGC